AUGAUACUUCUAGAAAUCCUACAUGAAGACUUUGGACCUUUCCUAAGAGCCUUGCACUAUACCGAAAUAGUUCUAGAACCUACCGUCACCAUGCCUUCGAUUGGAAGUGGUGCAAUCACGGACGAGAAGCUUGAAAAGUGCCCACUGUGCGAACGACGUGUUCCAGCUGCAAGCCUAACUGCGCACAUCCAGAACGAGCAUACAGGAGGCGGUGGCAUGUCCGUAUCGCAAGCUCCUACGUCUCCGUCGCUCGAGUGCAAAUUCUGCCCCUCGACAUUCAAAGAUCAGAUGGAGCUGCAUUUGCAUCAGAUCAAUCAGCACACGGUUGAAUUGCUGCAGCAGACGCAAACACAGCAAAUGGAUGCGAAGAAAACAUCCACGGACUCAAACGCAUCCAUCUUGCGAUGCAUGCGAUGUCAGUACACCACCCGUGAUCCUAGAAAUUUGGAGAUGCAUGUGGAACGUCACGAGCGGAUGAAUGAAGCGACGAGAGAGGCUAAUGCUGAGCUGUCCACAGAUGCGGCACUACGCGCCACUACUGAAGCAGCGCUGAAAAUGAUGGUAGCCAACCAGUUGGAACCAGACAGCGUAAAGUGCUCACUAUGUGAUGUGAAAUGCCCGGAUGAAGCAACUCUAGAGGCUCAUUCUGCAGUUGCACAUAAUGGCCUGAAUCUGACGGUCAGAAAGGAGAAGAAAGAUGGGGAUGAUGUGGAAACGGAUAAGGCUGCGAAUGAAAGGAAUAGUCAUACGAGCGGAUCGAUGUCACCAUCUGGCGAAUCUCUCCCUGAAGGUUUCGGUAAACCAGACAGCGGGUCCUGCGAGGAGAAGCACGUAAUGCAGUCGUUUGUAUUGCGGUGUAGAGAAGAUGCAUCAGGAGCGUUCCUCUCCGAGAUGAUCGCUCACCUUCCCGUCCGAACAUUGGUCUCACAACCCACGCGGGUCUCGUUCGAGUUGGUCCCACACCAGGUGGCGGGUGGCGGAGACUCGAAUCCGUUCUGA